CAAAGAAGAAAUGCAAGUCACUGACAACCUCACCUCUGUGCCUGGGAACAACAGUCUGUGCACUAGAGAUUAUAAAAUCACCCAGGUCCUCUUCCCGCUUCUCUAUACUGUUCUAUUUUUCGUUGGACUCAUCACAAACAGUCUGGCAAUGAGGAUUUUCUUUCAAAUCCGCAGUAAAUCAAACUUCAUUAUUUUUCUUAAGAACACAGUCAUUUCAGAUCUUCUCAUGAUUCUGACUUUUCCGUUCAAAAUUCUUAGCGAUGCCAAACUGGGAACGGGACCGCUGAGAACCUUUGUGUGUCAAGUUACCUCUGUUGUAUUUUAUUUCACAAUGUAUAUCAGCAUUUCAUUCCUAGGACUGAUCACUAUUGAUCGCUACCAGAAGACCACCAGGCCAUUUCAAACAUCCAAUCCCAGCAAUCUCUUGGGGGCUAAGAUUCUCUCUGUGGUCAUCUGGGCAUUCAUGUUCUUACUCUCUUUGCCUAACAUGAUUCUGACCAACAGGAGACCAAGAGACAAAAAUGUGAAGAAAUGCUCUUUCCUCAAAUCAGAAUUUGGUCUGGUCUGGCAUGAAAUAGUCAAUUACAUCUGUCAAGUCAUUUUCUGGAUUAAUUUUUUAAUUGUCAUUGUAUGUUAUACACUUAUCACAAAAGAACUGUACCGGUCCUAUGUAAGAACAAGGGGCCCAGGCAAAGUCCCCAGGAAAAAGGUGAAUGUCAAAGUUUUCAUUAUCAUUGCUGUAUUCUUUAUUUGUUUUGUUCCUUUCCAUUUUGCCCGAAUUCCUUACACCCUGAGCCAAACCCGGGACGUCUUUGACUGCAUUGCUGAGAAUACCCUGUUCUAUGUGAAAGAGAGCACUCUAUGGUUAACUUCCUUAAAUGCAUGCCUGGAUCCAUUUAUCUAUUUUUUCCUUUGCAAGUCCUUUAGAAAUUCCUUAAUAACUAUGCUGAAGUGCCCCAAUUCUGCAACACCUUCAUCCCAAGAAAACAGGAAAAAAGAACAGGACGGUAGUGACCCAAGUGAAGAGACUCCAAUGUAAACAAAUUAACCAAGGAAAUAUUUCAAUCUAUUGAUGUUCAGAACUUC